GCCCUCCCGUCGCCAUUUUUCGGUCUCGUACUCGCACUUCUGCUGGCUUGGAGUGAGGGGUGGACUAACCGAAUUAAGGGAACGUAUUAAAUAUACAAUCCUCAACUCGGGAUCCCUCGUGAGCGGCUGGGAAUGCACGUGAGCGCUUUAGCGUACGAUUCCCGCUCCUGAGAUGCACGCGCAGCAGACAAGUGGCGGCUGUGAAAUCAUUUUUUGUGUGAAGACGUGUUGCGGGCCGCCAUUUUUUUACUGUGUUGCCUCAAAAGUCUGCUCCGACCAGAGAGAGGGGACUCGGAAACCUAUUUCCAUGACGUGUGCCUUACCGUAAAAACGACUGGAUUUAAACUAAUAGUUUUUGUUUCCUACCUGCGACCCCUGCUAAACUUAUCUGUGCAGACAUGGGGAUUUAUCAGAUGAGAUACUGAGGCAACCUUUUCCGUUCUAAUAACUGACUGGAGUAGAUAAAUUAUUUGAAAAAGAAGCCUGGUGUUUUCUCGGAAGGCGGAACAAAAAGGGGAAGCUUUAUCGAUCAUUUGUUGAUUCGGCCUCCGUCGAUGUUUGGCGGUAGUAAGUUAGUCGUUUUCUCUCUUUUAGCUGUUCCAGGUUUUGCUCAGCCGUUGGCUGCUGAGCGAAGGAACAACAUUAUGCUACAAAGUUGGAUCAAGUUAGUCGCUGUCUGUUCCUGAAAACGUCAGGUUGAUUUUUUUCUUCUUUCUUUUUGUAAGCCAGGGUUCACCUAGCCUGCAGCGUUUGUGCAGCAAUCACUCGAAAUCUUACAGGGGGACGAAUGCCCUGCCCUGCAUCUUCCAAAUCUUAUAGUGUGCUGUGAUAGGCCGGUUGGAUCCCCACUUUUAAUUUAUUGUAUACUCACUUUUUUGUUUUUUAUAUAUUAAGUUAUUUUCGUAGCAGAAAUGUCAACUGCUCGGUUUGACUCCUCUGAUCGAUCCGCUUGGUAUUUUGGACCCGUGUCACGACAAGAGGCACAGAAUAGGUUACAAGGACAGAGACAUGGCAUGUUUCUUGUUCGAGACUCGUCAACCUGCCCCGGUGACUACGUGCUGUCAGUGUCUGAAAACUCCAAAGUUUCUCACUAUAUCAUCAACUCUUUGCCCAGCAAGAGGUUUAAGAUAGGCGAUCAAGAAUUUGAAAACCUCCCGGCCCUCCUGGAAUUCUACAAAAUCCACUACCUGGACACGACCACGCUAAUAGAGCCUGCCCCCAGGUACCCAAGCACUAUCAGUGGUCCCAUCCAGCCUAUGGUUGGUCCAGAGGAUAACCUCGAGUAUGUGCGGACACUAUAUGACUUCCCUGGCAGCGACGCAGAGGACCUUCCAUUCAAGAAGGGGGAGAUCCUCAUCAUCCUGGAGAAGCCGGAGGAACAGUGGUGGAGUGCCAAAAGCAAAGAUGGACGGGUGGGGAUGAUUCCAGUGCCCUACGUGGAGAAAUUAGUACGACCCUCGCCCCAUCCUGGCCAGCAUGGAUCUCGCAACUCCAACAGCUAUGGGAUCCCCGAACCCUCCCACUCUCUCGUUCACGCCUACGCCCAGCCCCAAACACCUUCUCCACUGCCCCCUGGCACCCCUGGAGCUGUUAUCGCCCCUCUACCCUCCACGCAGAAUGGCCCUGUUAUGGCAAAGGCCAUCCAGAAACGAGUGCCCUGUGCUUAUGACAAAACAGCUCUUGCUUUAGAGGUUGGUGAUAUUGUCAAAGUUACACGGAUGAACAUCAGUGGCCAGUGGGAGGGGGAGGUGAACGGACGGAGGGGUCUAUUCCCCUUCACCCAUGUAAAAAUCAUAGACCCCCAGAAUCCAGACGAGAACGAGUGACCCAGGAGUUGGAAAUGGAGCCUCGCACCAGAAUCGACGUGUUAUCUAAACCUGCUGGCCAUCGCCACCUCUCCCGCCAGUGUCACGGUUAUGCGCUUGCCUGCUUGGGAGGGAGGGGGCCUGUACCAUGAAAGCGACCCCUCUAAUGUUGCCAGCCUUUGCAGGGCUUUCUGACUGUUUACAGUUGUGGACGUCAAACUUCAGACUAAAAUCCCAAUCCCUGCUUCACCCCAUUUCCCUUUUCCAUGUCAUAGUUGCAAGCUGGGCAGUGUUUUUUUUUUUUUUUUUUUUUUUGGGGCAUUAGUGUCCUUUUCAUUUCCUGAUCACUGGGCAUCAGUGUGAGUGUGUAUGUGUGGUUUUAUCUGCUCAUGCGUGUGCCUGUUAAAUGGAUAUUUACCACAUUUCAUCACAAUGUGUUUUUUUUUCCUCAAUAUUUCUUAUCUUUCUUGUCUUGGGGACUUUUGAAAGUGUCUGUUUUGUUGUUGUGAGGAUAUUAAAUGGGGAAACGCAACAUCCCUUAUGGACUUGGGAAAGCACUGAAGCAACGAGGAACUAACCAGCCAGUCAAAUGUUAUUUCUCCAAACAAUCAAGUCACUAUCGUACCUUAACUAUAAGCAAGCACAUACAGACUCAUUGGAUAUGAUUUAUUUGUCUUGAUGGAUUUUUAUUUUUACGGAUGAGUGUGUAUGUAUGUGAUGCUUUUUAUGUGUCACAAAGAAACAGAGCAUCUAAUUUGAAUUAUGCCAUAGUAGAUCACAUCCCAUCCAUCCUCCACCCGGCUGGCUGAUGAGACGUAUUUAUCUUACUUUAAUAAGACAUGACAGCCAUAUGUGAUUUCCUUCUUUUAUUAUUUGUGCCAGAUGAUCAAAGAAAGUUUUUUUUUUGGGGGGGGGUCAUUUUGUGACAUGUCGAAAGGGUAACCGUUCGCCUGGUACCUCUUCACCUUAAUUCUAUUUUAAACUCAGACAUUGCUUAGAUAUUAGCUGGUUUUUAGUGCUAACAGCAUCAAGCACUAAGAGAUGUUUCAAGUUUGUAUAGGAGUGCCAAGCUAUUAAUACGUUUAAAAUGUCAAAUAAUGAGAGCAGUAAUGCUGGCCAGCACUUUCCAAAAGCAUCUGACUACAAGGCAAAGUGAAAGUGCAGUGUGGGCAUGAGGACUGAGGUGAAAGACUGCGGUUGUCUGAAUGAGAUCCCGUCAAUGCCUUCUUGGAGUAAGAUGUAUCUUACUUUUAGCACAUGCAAUUCUAUCUUUGACCUUUGUUUUCUAAUGUGGUACAUAUGUCCAUGUAGGAUAACCUUUUCAACCUGCUUUAUUCCCUUUUAAAUAUUUGAUCUGUGCACAUUUUCUUUAAUGCAAACAGGCUCAGAUUAGGUCAAAAGAAUGUUAUUUUGCAGUUCUGCUGAUCAGAAGGGACUGGAUUGAACAGCUGUUCAAAGAAUGCAGAUUUCUGCUGUAAAUCUAACAACCCCCCUCCCCCCGAACAUCUCUUUUAGUGCUUACAUUUCAAAUCGUUGCCCAGCCAUUCUCUCAGCAGUACUGUGCAGCUUUUAUUUGUAUCCCCUUUUUUAUUUUUGGUCAGUACGUAGUUGGCUUUUAAAUAAAGCGUAUUGAAUAUUUGAAUAUUAAACAGAAAAGUGACAUUUUACAAAAGGGAAAAAAAUGCCUGCUGGUUGCCUUUGUGCAUGACCUCUUGGCCAGGAGAUGGUUUCUUUACCUGGCCAUAUGCUGCUUAUUGUCAUUUAUCGUCUCAUGAAAUAAAAGGCUAUUUUAAUUUUCUCUGCUCUGUGCCAACGGCUCAGAAUUGGUUUUCAUUAUCAGGCUUAAUGAAAUCCACUAAUUAAGCAAUACAUCCUGAUUAUUUCCUUACCUGAGGUGAACUUACUUUUUGUCUUGCUUCUGAGUUAUUUUUUAAUGGCAUUAACAGUAUUACUGUUCUCAUAUUCUAAGAAAGCCUGUCUUUUACUCAAGAAUUGAAAAUUGUGCCUUUUUUAUUUUCUUAUACCAUUUACAUGUGUUAAUAUUUCCCAUGGUUAACACCUGUGCUGGUAUUGACCCUUUAUGUACAGAACAAGUAAAUAAAAUUUACGUCUACUUCUUUAA